CGGCAAUCGAACAAACUUCAUCCACAGUACCUGCAUGAUGUGAACCUUGGAAGUUUUAACUUUUAUAGGAACUUACUCGUAUUUAUACAAUAAAUUCUAGACUGAGACAGUCUUAAGUAAUAAUCAUUCGAUAAUACCUCGUCGAAUUCUAGGCAUUACGCUAUCGCAUCAACCCAUAUUCGUUGAGACGGCAGCAAUAUGCCAUCAUCCACUCAGUCGCAUGCUAGAUCGCAUGCGCUUUUACUUCUGCAGAAAUUACUCAACCUACGAGAUAAUGCCAGUCCUUUAACACUGGUGCUCGAUACUCUUGAACAGAAUGGCAAACCUGUAGUUCAAGAGUUCCUCAGUAGAGCCAAGACAUCCAAAAGCAAAACAAUAUUCACAUCCUUCUCCACCCUCCACAAACCCGCCAACGUCGACAUAUUCAUAAAAGCGCGUCACAAAACCCCCGACGCCCUCCGCGCAGAAAUAGCAUCGCACUACCCCUCCGGCGCCGCGGGGCACGCGCACCGCGUACUCGUCAUAUUCGACGAGCUCAACGGACUAGCCUCCACCACUCCCCCCUCAGACUUGGCUCUUUUCCUCUCAGCUCUAGCCGCAGCGCCGGCGGUCUCGUUGCUAGGCGUGUAUCAUGCGGAUGUACCACUACCUCCUAGACGAAAUGGACCUUCGGGUGGAAGUAGUGAGUAUGAACCUGACCCCCUAGCCGCGCUAUGCCAUUUAGCUACCGCCGUGUUAAGAGUCGGGAGCUUGUACCAAGCGAUCGAGCGCCAGCGUGCGCGGGACCGGAGUCUGCAGGAGCCGGAGUGGGGGUUAGGUGAGGGGCGGGAAGGUGUGCUUGUUGGACUUGGUGGCGAGAAGAAAGUCGCUGCGGGUACGGGGAUUGUGCUGGAGAUGGAGUUACGCCGGCGGAGUGGGCGGGCUGUGGCUGAGACGUUUGUGCUUGUGCCGAGGACGGCGGCCCAGAUCGAGAACGGGAACGGAAACGGGAAGGUUGAGACAUCGAGGCUUUAUUUGCUUUCUGAUCACCCCGCAUUUAAGAGCCCGAAUGAUGCUGAGCAGGGGGCUGCAGGCGAAGGUGAUGGGGAGAUGGAGACUACGUUCAACCUAGGCUUGACGGAAAAGCAGCGUAGAGAUAGGGAGGGUAUAGUCUUACCGUAUUUCGACGCGCAGACGGAUAUCGGUGCGGGUGAGGGUGGCCGAAUUCUGUAUGAGAUGGGGCGAGAAGACGAUUUUGACGAUGAAGAGGAUGAAAUAUAGCAAUAUAUCAUAUUUUGGAUCAUGAAA